CAAAACGUAGGAGCAUUGCUAGCUGUUCUCGGCAUCGGGGUGGAUCUGCGAGAGCGAGAGAGACGGCUGCGUGAAAGAAAUAUACACACACACACAUACACAUACACACGUACACACAUUUCACAUACGCACACGUUACACGUACACACGUUAACGCAAAUACGCACAUAAUAUAAAUAUUAAAAAAGAAAAAAGGAAAAAGUUAUAAUUAAUAAUAUGCAAAUCGAAAGAUCGUUACUGUCAUUGUUAAUAAUAAUAUAAUAAUAAUAAUAAUAAUACUAAUAAUAAUGUUCUCGUCUCGCAGUAUGUAUCUCGAUCGUCGAUCGUCGUCUAGUGCACCGAGAUAGUAAUCUCGAGUGUUAUUUUUUUUUUUCAAAUCUAUAUCUCUCUAUAUAUAUUUUUUCUCUCUUUCUCUCUCUCUCUGUCUCUCGUUUCCUUUCUCCUUUUAUCUCCAUUUCUCUACCAGUCGGUUCUAAUCGCGGUUGCGUCGAUGCCGUACGACGUCGACGGGCGACGUCGUCUUCGUGCGCUCUUUAUGCGCGCGUCCCUCAGUGUUCAUCAGUGAUUAUAUUAUUCACCUUACAUAUUAUACAACACAAGGAAAGAAAUACGAGUAAGAAAACAACGGUCAUUGGUAAAAGGGGUGGAAUUUAAAUUCGAUCGAGAGAGACCUGACCAAAGGCACAUAAUAAUAACGUGACUAUAAUAAUUGUAAGGAACGUUGAAGGAGUAAAAAGAAAAAAGCAAAGAUGUCGUCGGUGAAAGUAGCGGUGAGGGUUCGACCCUUUAACAAUCGUGAAAUAUCACGCGAAGCACAAUGCAUCAUUGAAAUGUCAGGCAAUACUACUUCAAUAGUAAAUCCGAAAGUACCAGCUGGCAGUAAGGAUGCAAUAAAAAGCUUCAAUUAUGAUUAUUCGUACUUUUCCAUGGACCCAUGCGAGUCUAAUUAUUCAUCACAAAUUAUGGUCUACAAAGACAUAGGCGAGGAAAUGUUAGAACAUGCAUUUGAAGGCUACAAUGUUUGUAUAUUUGCUUACGGACAGACCGGUGCUGGAAAAUCUUAUACGAUGAUGGGUAAACAGGAAGAUGGUCAAGAAGGAAUAAUACCUCAAAUUUGUAAAGAUUUGUUUCGUAAAAUAAGUCGAAAUUCAUCCGAACAAUUGAAAUAUUCGGUUGAGGUGAGUUAUAUGGAGAUUUAUUGCGAGAGAGUUAGGGAUUUGUUAAAUCCAAAGAACAAAGGAAAUUUACGUGUACGUGAACAUCCUCUUCUUGGACCUUACGUUGAGGAUCUUUCCAAAUUAGCUGUGAUGUCUUAUCAAGAUAUUCAUGAUCUCAUAGACGAAGGAAACAAAGCAAGAACGGUUGCAGCAACAAAUAUGAACGAAACAUCCAGUAGAUCACACGCAGUAUUUACGAUCUUCUUUACACAACAAAGACAAGAUUCAACGACUGGAUUAGCAACAGAGAAAGUUAGUAAAAUAUCUCUGGUCGAUUUAGCAGGUUCUGAAAGAGCCGACUCGACUGGUGCUAAAGGUACAAGGCUCAAGGAAGGUGCAAAUAUUAACAAGAGUCUUACCACACUUGGAAAAGUUAUUAGCGCAUUGGCUGAAAUCGCGGCUACCAAGAAAAAAAAGAAGGCCGAUUUCAUCCCCUACAGAGAUUCAGUAUUAACGUGGUUAUUACGUGAAAAUCUUGGUGGUAAUUCGAAGACUGCUAUGAUAGCAGCAAUUAGUCCAGCUGACAUUAAUUAUGAUGAAACUUUAUCAACCCUAAGAUAUGCGGAUCGUGCGAAACAAAUUGUUUGCAAAGCUGUCGUUAACGAGGACGCGAAUGCCAAACUCAUUCGAGAACUCAAAGAAGAAAUACAAAAACUACGUGAACUUCUCAAACAAGAAGGAAUCGACGUUCAAGAAGGGCCAGAUGGCAAAGUCACUUAUGAAAAGAAAGAGCCUAGGGAUGAAAUCAUUCGAACGAAUAAACGCGAGGAUGAUUACAACAAAGAAUCUCGUGCGAGAAUUCCCUCUCACACAACUUCGACUAUUGCCGAAGAAGCGGUCGAUCAGUUACAAGCAUCAGAGAAAUUAAUAGCCGAAUUAAACGAAACGUGGGAAGAAAAAUUGAAGAGAACCGAAUCGAUUCGACUCCAACGCGAAGCCGUGUUCGCUGAAAUGGGUGUAGCAGUGAAAGAAGAUGGUGUAACGGUUGGUGUAUUUUCACCAAAGAAAACCCCACACUUGGUUAAUCUAAACGAGGAUCCCUUGAUGUCCGAGUGUCUUAUUUAUUAUAUCAAAGAUGGUUUUACGCGUAUUGGAAGCGCUGAAGCUAAUAUACCACAAGAUAUACAACUUUGUGGUCCACAUAUAUUGAGCGAGCAUUGCGUAUUUGAAAAUCAUGAAAGUGUUAUCACUCUGAUGCCUAAAAAAGAUGCUUUGAUUUAUGUUAAUGGUCGUGAAAUAACCGAACCGAUCGUACUCAAAACUGGAUCACGCGUUAUUCUUGGCAAAAAUCAUGUAUUUAGGUUCAAUCAUCCUGAUCAAGUACGUGAACGAAGAGAAAAAAAUUCACCCGCCGAGACCCCCGGCAACGGUGAGACCGUUGACUGGAAUUUCGCACAAAUUGAAUUAUUAGAGAAACAAGGUAUCGAUCUCAAAUUGGAAAUGGAAAAGAGAUUGAUGGUACUCGAGGAACAAUUUCGAAAAGAGAAAGAAGAGGCCGAUCAAUUCUUCGAGGAACAACGCAAGAGUUACGAAGCACGAAUAGAUGCCUUGCAGAAGCAGGUAGAAGAACAAAGUAUGACUAUGUCAAUGUAUAGCAGUUACACACCAGAGGAUUUCAAUAAUACUGAAGAAGAUAUAUUCGUCAACCCCUUGUUUGACGCAGAGAGCAACUGGACCGAGAGAGAUUUCCAAUUGGCUGCGUGGGCCUUCCGCAAGUGGAAGUAUCAUCAGUUUACCAGUCUUCGAGAUGAUCUAUGGGGCAAUGCGAUAUUCCUCAAGGAAGCCAAUGCAAUAUCGGUUGAACUUAAGAAAAAGGUUCAGUUCCAAUUUACGUUAUUGACGGAUACACUAUACUCGCCACUACCGCAAGAUCUUUUACCAAUUGCAAUUGAUGAUGAAGAUGAAGAAGAAAGACCAUUCCCUCGCACAAUCGUUGCCGUUGAAGUUCAGGAUACAAAAAAUGGUGCUACACAUUAUUGGACCUUGGAAAAAUUAAGGCAAAGGUUAGAAACUAUGCGUGAAAUGUAUCACAAUGAGGCUGAACUUUCACCUACAUCACCAGAUUUUAAUAUUGAAACUAUCACGGGUGGUGAUCCGUUUUAUGAUCGGUUCCCAUGGUUCCGUAUGGUUGGAAGAUCAUUCGUAUAUCUUAGCAAUUUGAUGUAUCCUGUACCACUUAUUCACAAAGUUGCUAUAGUUAACGAAAAAGGUGAUGUCAAAGGUUAUUUGAGAGUAGCCGUGCAAGGUGUUGUUGGAGAAGAAAAUAGCGAGUACUCCAGCGGCGUUAGACAGUCUGCACGUAUCUCAUUCGAAGAUGAUUUAUUCGGUGGACACAAACAUAACAAACGCAACACACUUUUGGCUCAAACAUUGGAAAAGAAUCGUCAAAUACUCAUGAACGAUGAUCGCGUUAUAGGUCAUAACGAAUUACACAAGGAUUUGAAAGAUGAAGAUGAUAUUGGUGAUGCAGAUAGUGGAAGAGGUGAUAGUUCUGUUUCCAGUGAUAUGAAGGAAGAAGAUUUACCAGAUCAUUUACAACUUGGUGCUGAGUUCACAUUUAGAGUUACGGUGUUACAAGCAAUGGGUAUCUCAACCGAAUAUGCUGAUAUUUUCUGUCAAUUCAAUUUCUUACACCGACAUGAUGAAGCAUUUUCAACGGAAUCGGUAAAGAAUACCAACAAAGGAUGUCCACCUGGAUUUUAUCAUGUACAAAAUAUUACUGUCACUGUCACGAAAUCUUUCUUGGAGUAUCUUAAAUCACAACCGAUUGUAUUUGAGAUCUUCGGACAUUAUCAACAACAUCCGUUACACAAGGAUGCUAAACUGGAAUAUAGCGUACGACAACCACCGAAAAGGAUGUUACCACCAUCAAUACCAAUAAGUCAACCAGUACGUUCACCAAAGUUUGGUAGCGUUUUACCAUCCCCUAGUACGUCGCACAUUCAUGCAAAAUAUGACGUACUCGUGUGGUUUGAAAUUUGUGAGUUAGCACCGAAUGGCGAAUACGUUUCAUCCGUUGUGGAUCAUAGCGAUGAUUUACCCUGCCGCGGAUUAUUCCUCCUACAUCAAGGAAUUCAACGUCGUAUUCGUAUCACCAUAGUACACGAGCCUGCUUCAGAAUUACGAUGGAAAGAUGUAAGAGAAUUGGUAGUAGGUCGUAUUAGAAAUACCCCAGAACCGGAAGAGGAAGACAACGAUUCGUCUGUACUUUCAUUGGGAUUAUUCCCAGGUGAAUAUUUAGAAGUUAAAGGUGACGACAGGUGUAUGUUCAGAUUCGAAGCGGCCUGGGACAGUUCUUUGCACAAUUCGGCCUUACUCAACAGGGUCACGUCUUAUGGUGAACAAAUUUUCAUGACCAUCUCCGCAUACCUUGAGUUGGAGAAUUGUGGUAGACCAGCUAUCAUUACAAAAGAUUUAAGCAUGAUUAUUUAUGGCAGAGAUGCCAGAAUCGGGCCAAGAUCAUUGAAACAUCUGUUCAGUGGAAGUUAUCGUAACCAAGAAGCUAAUCGACUUAGCGGCGUCUAUGAAUUGGUGCUGCGACGUUCAUCGGAAGCAGGUAGCCCAGGCGUACAAAGGCGACAACGUCGCGUAUUAGAUACGAGUUCAACUUACGUCAGAGGUGAAGAAAAUCUUCACGGUUGGAGACCACGAGGUGACAGUCUGAUCUUUGAUCAUCAAUGGGAACUUGAAAAAUUAACCAGAUUGGAAGAGGUUGAGAGGGUCAGACAUACUUUACUUUUAAGAGAGAAACUUGGUAUUGAUAAAAUGCCUAUGUGUAAUAAACCGUUACAUGAUUUCACAAAAAGCGAGAAAGAGGUUUGUAACAUGGUUGCAAAAGCUACGAACGAGUCACACGCCAGCCCUAUCAAACUCAAACGCUCUACGAGCAAAGACGUUUAUGAACCUUGGGAGAUGACUGAUAGGGAAAGAGAAUUGGCAACUAAAUAUAUUAAACUUAUUCAAGGUAGAAUUCCAAGCAAAGAACCGAUUUUAUUAUCUGAUGUUUCCCCAGGAGAAGAUACGAUGGGAGACAUGUCAGCAUCUAUGCUAUCAUCAGUGUUAUCUUCAUCUUCUCAAGAAUUAAGUUCACCCGAAAGAGCCAAAUUGCAAGAAUUGCAAGAAAGCAUGUUAACUAGCGAAACGAUCGGUCAGUCUUGUACAGCACCAGCACCAAUGGGAUCCUCUUCACCUUCGAAAGAAAAUUUAGUGUUAUAUGUACCGGAAGUUGAAGAAAUUCGCAUCAGUCCUGUUAUUGCUAGGAAAGGAUAUUUAAAUGUAUUAGAACACAAGACUAACGGAUGGAAGAAACGUUGGGUUGCAGUACGUCGACCGUACGUUUUAAUUUUCCGAGAAGAAAAAGAUCCCGUAGAAAGAGCUUUGAUUAAUUUAGCAACCGCUCAAGUAGAAUACUCAGAAGAUCAGUUAGCUAUGGUUAAAGUACCAAAUACGUUCAGCGUUGUAACAAAACAUCGUGGAUACCUUCUUCAGACAUUAGGUGACAAAGAAGUGUAUGAUUGGUUAUACGCUAUAAAUCCGUUAUUAGCUGGCCAGAUAAGGCCCGGUUACUAGAUCUUUAAACAACGUAUCACCAACUGGUGUUACUCCGGCGUCGGAACAACAAUCGAAUCAAACCAAGUGAGUGAUCGAUGCCUUGCUGGAGGUAACCGGCGCCGUUGCAAGAGCCUCCAAGAGAAUAUUUCGUUGGCCAAAAGCGACAUUUUCGGGCCAGGACUUCUAUAGUUUUCGAUUUUCAGUAGUCAUCGAGUGAUCGUCACGAUUAAGGAUACGUCAACAGACGAGAAUUUAUUCGCUAACCGAAUCUGAUGAUGAUGAUGAUGGUGAUGAUGGUGAUGAUGGUGAUGAUGGUGAUGAUGAUUAUGAUAUCUCUUGAUAUCUCGGCGUCUCGUUUUAAGGAUACAUACGUUAUUUUAUCAUAUUAAACAAAUACACGUACACACAUUUGAACACACACAUGCAUAAAACAUACACUUACACAAAGAAAGAAUGAUAAGAUCAAGCAAACACGAGAUAGGCGCUAAUAUACCGACAGGAAGAAACAAAUUCAAAUAAACAUACGAAAUAAA